AAGUGGUUUCUGGUAACAACAGCGCGUUGAUUUCACCACAACAAUAAAAGAAAAGGCGAUAAAUAUCGAAGAAUCUCAAUAAUUCGGGACAAAAAUUCGCACAAACGUCCGCAAAGGUUAAAGUUUAGCGGAAGUGACGCAGUCAUGCUGACGGACGCAGAUUAUCCCGGGGGUGCAUCUGGUGCUCGACGGGCCAAGAAAAGGUCCUCAGGAGAGUCAACGGGGGACGGCCAGACUUUACGCUCCUCUGGAAGGCAGGUUAAUGUGCGUGUGAAGCGAACCAACAGCAACCCUCCACCUGGACAGAGUAAAAGAAAAGCCACAGACACGGAGGAGGAAGAUGACCAGUCUGAGAAGAAGUACAGAAAGUGUGAGAAGGCCGGCUGCUCUGCCACUUACCCAGUUUGUUUCGCCAGUGCGUCUGAAAGGUGUGCUAAGAAUGGAUAUACAUCUCGCUGGUAUCACCUGUCGUGUGGCGAGCAUUUCUGCAAUGAAUGUUUUGAUCACUACUACAGAACUCACAAAGAUGGUUAUGAGACAUUUUCUUCAUGGAAGAAGGUUUGGACAAGUAAUGGGAAGAGUGAGCCCAGCCUGAAGGCGUUCAUGGCAGACCAGCAGUUACCUUUCUGGGUUCAGUGCACGAAGCCAGACUGCAGGAAGUGGCGUCAACUGACCAAAGAGAUCCAGCUCACCUCCUCCCUGGCAGCGACAUAUCGCUGCGGAACCAAGUUCAACAAUGUCAAAAGUGAGGGUCCGGAUCAGUGCUCCCAACCGGAGGAUUUGAGAGUUGCUGAGGUCAGCGACAGCUGGUGGCAUUCCAUGCUGAUUUUGCCGCCUCUGUUCAAAGACAGUCCAGCCAGUCCUUUCCUUGCCGCGUACUACCCCGACUGCGUGGGAAUGAGUCCAUCGGGCUCCCAGAGCUCCACCAAAGCGUUACGUGCAGAUCACUGCAGGAAUGUCCAGCCUCAAAUUCCAGGCUUGUGUCCGUACUUCCAGCCUUUUUACCAACCCAACGAGUGCGGCAAGGCUCUGUGCGUGCGGCCUGACAUGAUGGAGCUCGAUGAGCUUUAUGAGUUUCCAGAGUUUUCCCGUGAUCCCACCAUGUAUCUGGCUCUGCGUAACCUUAUCCUCGCCUGCUGGCACAGGAACUGUAAGGAUGUGUUGACUUUGGAGACAUGUGCGCCACACGUGAUUGUUCGGGGUUUGGUGCGCGUGCGCUGCGUGCAGGAAAUGGACCGAGUGCUCCAGUUCAUGACCAGGAAAGGCCUGAUCAACACGGGCGUGCUGUCAGUCCAACGUCCUCUGCUUCCUGAAAGAUAUCGCGCCAGGAAUGUGAUCAUUGUUGGUGCUGGUGCAUCAGGACUGGCUGCUGCACGACAGCUGCAGAACUUUGGCACAAAGGUGAUGGUGCUCGAGGCGAGGGAGAGGAUCGGAGGUCGUGUGUGGGAUGACUCCUCUCUGGGCGUCACUGUGGGUCGAGGAGCUCACAUCAUCAACGGAUGUGUGAACAACCCAAUCGUACUAAUGUGUGAACAAAUGGGCAUCAAAAUGCACAAGCUGGGAGAGAGGUGCGAACUGUUCCAGGAGGGCGGGCAGCUCACCGACCCGGCCAUCGACAAACGCAUGGACUUCCACUUCAACGCCAUUCUGGACGUGGUGUCGGAGUGGAGGAAGGAUAAGUCUCAGAACCAAGACACACCACUCGGAGAGAAAGUCCAGGAAGUGAAAAAGAACUUUCUUCAAGAAUCUGGGAUGCAGUUCAGCGAGCUGGAAGACAAAGUGCUUCAGUUUCAUCUCAGUAAUCUGGAAUAUGCCUGUGGAAGCACCUUAGACCAGGUUUCAGCAAGAUCCUGGGAUCACAAUGAGUUUUUUGCCCAGUUCUCAGGAGACCACACUUUACUCACAAAGGGCUAUGGCGUUUUACUCCACAAACUAGCCAAGGGCAUCGACAUCCGCACAAACUGUCCGGUUCAGACCAUCGAAUACUCAGGUGACGAUGUCAAAGUUACGUCUUCUAGCGGUUCCCAGUGGACAGCGCAGAAGGUUCUCGUUACAAUUCCUUUGACUUUGCUUCAGAGGAACCUGAUUCAGUUCAAACCUCCGCUUCCAGAGAGGAAGUUGAAAGCAAUCCACAGUCUAGGAGCAGGAAUCAUUGAAAAGAUCGGCCUGCAGUUCCCGUACAGAUUCUGGGACAGCAAAGUGCAAGGGGCGGACUACUUUGGUCACAUCCCGCCGAGCCCUGACAAGAGAGGCAUGUUCAGCGUCUUCUAUGAUCUGGACCCACAGGGGAAGAAGGCCGUCCUCAUGUCUGUUAUCACUGGCGACGCCGUUGCCACCGUGCGGGACAUGGAUGACAAAGAUGUAGUUGAGGAAUGCAUGAAGGUUCUAAGUGAAGUGUUCAAGGACCAGGAAGUCCCAGAGCCGCAGAAUUUCUUUGUCACACACUGGAGCAAAGACGCCUGGUCUCAGAUGUCAUACAGCUUUGUGAAGACAGGGGGCAGUGGAGAGGCUUAUGACAUCCUCGCGGAAGAUGUGCAGGGAAAAGUUUUCUUUGCGGGAGAGGCAACCAACAGACACUUCCCUCAGACUGUGACGGGGGCCUAUCUCAGUGGGGUCCGAGAGGCCAGCAAAAUGGCAGCCAUGUGAACUCUGUCCCACGGCGCUCAGACACCAGCAGGGACACACGGGUCACACAGUACCACACACCAAACCCACCAAUCUGGAUUGCUAGAUGAAACGAGGGUUCACUGCACUGUGACCAGCAGCGCGUCUUUAGAGUGCUUCCCGCAGUGGAGACGCCUUGAGUCAAUAUUUAACACCAGAGUGAAAGCUUUUUCUCUGUACUCGGGUACACAAGUCUAACAUACAUGAAGCACUGGCCGAGAACAACUUUUCCAAACUUGGUAUCACCUGAAGAUGAUUUCCAAAGACUUUACCCCCAAGAGGUUAUACAGUAUUUAAAAACUAGGGCGAUGUUUAAUGAGUGAUUGGUGUGACUGUUUUUGUGUAAACUGUGAAUUGAAGCGUUAAACAUGGAGGAAACCUUCAGCUUUAGACUUGGAGAUGACAGUCCGGCUGCUUUCUCAGGGAUGUGAUCAAAACACCUGGAUUUAGUGUGAUUACAGCAACAUUAAAACCUUUGUUAGCAGGUCCUGAUGUGUUCCAGAUGUUUGAGCAGAUAACCGUGCUGUUCACACUCUGAUAGUUUAGAUGUAGGUUUGAUGGACGAUGUAGUUUCCAUGCAUCAUUUCAUGUUUGCGUCCUAUUUGUCAGAUGCUACAUUGUAUGUUGUGUUGAAUAAAGUCAGCGAUCGAGUGGCAAUGUGUAGAAUAAACUAGAUUCAUUAA